GCCGGGUCGGAUUGAACCGAACCGAGCCCAACCGAACCAACUCCGGUCGAAGCGUGCCCAGGCGACUCCAAGUGAACCGCAGCUCAUCCCGCCGGGUCCAAGCCGAGCCGAGUUGAGCCGAGCCAUGCACCUGGACAUGCUGGGUCGGCUGCUGUCCAUAGGACGGGCGGUGCUGGCGGCGCUGCGGGGGCGGCUGGGCGCGUUGUGCUGGAGCCUGACUCCUCUCUCCCUGUCCCUGUCCCUGCCCUUGCCCGGCUGGCGACAGGACUCACCCCCACGGCGGGAGCGAGAGCAGGAGUGGGACGACGCGUCCCCGACACCCACCAGUGUCAACUACCACUUCACUCGGCAGUGCAACUACAAGUGCGGCUUCUGCUUCCACACUGCCAAGACCUCUUUCGUGCUGCCCCUGGAGGAGGCCAAGCGGGGGCUGGCGAUGCUCAAGGAGGCGGGAAUGGAGAAAAUAAAUUUCUCGGGAGGAGAACCGUUUCUUCAGGACAGAGGCGAAUUUGUAGGCAAACUGGUCCAAUUUUGCAAGCAGGAGUUGGAGCUCCCAAGUGUCAGUAUUGUUAGCAAUGGCAGCCUGAUCAGAGAGCGGUGGUUCAAGAAGUACGGUGAAUAUUUAGACAUUCUGGCAAUUUCAUGUGAUAGUUUUGAUGAGGAUGUCAACAUUUUAAUUGGCCGUGGUCAAGGAAAGAAGAACCAUGUGGAAAAUCUGCAUAAACUGAGACAGUGGUGCCGAGAGUAUGCUGUUGCUUUCAAAAUAAAUUCGGUGAUCAACAGAUUUAAUGUUGAGGAAGAUAUGAAUGAGCAGAUCAAGGCACUCAACCCUGUGCGCUGGAAGGUAUUCCAGUGCCUGCUCAUUGAAGGGGAGAACAGUGGUGAGGAUGCCUUGAGAGAAGCAGAAAAAUUUGUUAUUAGUGAUGAAGACUUUGAACGAUUCCUGGAUCGCCACAAAGAUGUCUCCUGUUUGGUACCUGAAUCUAAUCAGAAGAUGAGGGAUUCAUACCUCAUUCUGGAUGAAUAUAUGCGUUUUCUAAACUGUAGAAAUGGACGGAAAGAGCCUUCCAAGUCUAUCCUAGAUGUUGGUGUGGAAGCAGCUAUAAAAUUCAGUGGAUUUGAUGAGAAGAUGUUCCUAACAAGAGGAGGAAAGUAUGUGUGGAGUAAAGCCGACAUGAAACUAGACUGGUAACUCAAUAUACUGAGUUAGGGCAGUGCAUUAUGUAAAGAAAAUGUGUGUAUAUGAUGAGUGUAUACAUGUAUCUAAUGCUUUUAACUACACUUGGUAUAUUAUACAGACUGAUGUUCAGUAUAACUCUAUAUGUGAAUGUGCUUUUUAAAUGCAGAUUAUGUACUUUUAUUUUAUUGAGCAUGACUUAAUACUUUCAGAGCUUUCAUAUGAACAGAUGUCUGAAAUAAACUUUCUAAUCCAUUUUAUGAAGGACUUAAGGGCAAACUGUUAACAUAACGUCAUGCAGUAAAUGUUUUUAAAAUACUACGAGUGUGCAUGCCAGAUAAAUCAAACCCCACCCCAAUCUCUACUUCAUUACAAAGAGCUGUAAGGAUGGAGAAGUUAAAACUCUUAUCGGUGAAUGCAUUCUGCCUGUUUCUCAGGGAAAGGUGGAUUGUAGUUCCUCUGUAGAUCACAAGAGGGCCAGCUGGCAGGCCACUGGAAGCACGAUCUGCCUUUUUCGGGGGUAAUAGAGGGUCAGAAUCUAGGAAUCAUUAUCUGUAAUAAUGUAUUUAAAAGAAAAUCAAGAUGAAAAACGUGGCGAUUCUCAUUUUUUAACACUUAACUGUAAAAGUAUCUGGUUUUAUUCUCCCUCUCCUCCAUAUGCACACACAACAUUUGCAAAAAUGUUGGGGGAUGUAAAUUUCUGUAAAAACAUAUUUUUUAGUCAUGAAAGAAUAUUGUAUUUGUCCAUCCUAAAACCUAGAAGCACGUUCUAUCUAAUGAUAAACAACUUCUCAUUUCACAUUGGCAAUGGCCUUAGUUCUAACUAAUAUUUACAGUGAGAAUGUUUGCAUUUUAUUAAUUCCUCCAUUUUCCUUUUAUCUGCAAAUAUUGAUUUAUUAUUUUUAGUUUUUUUUCUCUCUGCAUGCAUACAGUUCUGAUGAAGAUUCCUUCUCAAUUAAUACUAUGUAGCACAACCUAACAUGAAUCUUCUGUUGCAUAGUGGCUUUUUAUUUUGCUAAGCCAUGGAAUUACAAACAGAAAAGUUCAUAUAUCAUGUAACCUUGCUUUAAAGGUUGCUUGGUUUAGUAAUUAAUUAUCUUGCUGGUUGCAAACCUGCAGAUAUUAAAUUAAAUUAAUUGGUUUUUUUGAUAGCUGCCUUUGAUUAAGAGCUUGCAGCAUCAAUAUAAAAUAAACAAAAAAAAUGAAAAAAAACCCAAAAUAAUCAAGUAUACUACCCUCAUUCUUGGGUUUCUGGCAAUUUUUAUGGCUUUGUAAUUGCAGCUUUUCACAUUUAACCAGUCCCAUCCUCCUCCUGUUUGAAGGGAAUGGGGAUAAGCAUUGCAGAGAGCAGAAGUGAGCUGGCACUACUCAUUCAUCCUCUCUGUUGAAAGUCUGGACUGUCUCACACUUCUAAAUAUUUGCAGCAGUUGGGAGUCAGCAUGCAUUAAAUGUAUCACAUACAGAAAAU